AUGACGCCCUCCUCCAAGGAACUGCCUCCGUCCACAACCCCAUUCUUUCCCAACCACUUCGUCAAGAACCAAUUUUUCACCAAACCUCAAUUCCCUCCUCGAGACACCGACCUUACCGGUAAAGUCGCUAUUGUGACGGGCUCCAACACCGGCCUGGGUCUAGAAUGUGCUCGGCAGUUGCUCUCCUUCAAGAUCACUCGGCUGAUCAUGGCCGUUCGCACUUUGACAAAGGGUGAGAAUGCGGCUGCUGGGUUACGACAGCAAUAUCAGAAUGCCACAAUUAGCGUUUGGCAGCUGGAUAUGACCUCUUACGACUCCAUCCGUGCCUUUGCGGCACGUACGGACGAAGAGCUCUCCCGUCUCGACCUCGCUGUUUUGAAUGCUGGCGUAGGCUUUGGUGGCUUCAAGAUUGUGCCCGCCACCGGGCACGAGGAGACUGUUCAGGUCAACUACCUUUCAACAAUCCUCUUGACCAUCCUUCUCCUUCCAAUAUUGAAAAGCAAAUCACCAGCUGGGUCGCCCGGGAGAUUAACCAUAAGCACAGCUAUGCUGUCCAUCACCGCUAAAUUUGGCAACAAGAACGAAGUCCCCCUUCUACCUUCAUUUGAUAAUCAGAAGUAUUUCGACCCUCUGGAUACCUACUCGACAUCGAAACUACUAGGCCAAUCCUUUGUGUGGAAGCUCACCGACUUGGUCUCCGCUGAAAGCGUUGUGGUCAAUCUUGUUGAGCCUGGCUUCGUCAAAGGCACGGAACUUCACAGGGAUAGACCUAUCCCCGCCAAAUUGUUCAUGAGCUUUUUCAAAGCAACGGCUGCCCGAUCUGUCAAAGUCGGCGCUUCAACAUAUCUCGAUGCUGCGAUCGUCAAGGGCAAGGAGUCACAUGGCUGCAUCCUGACGAACUGGGAGAUUGCCCCGUAUGCUCCCUUCCAGUAUACACCGAAGGGCAAGGAAGUCAUGGAGCGUCUUUGGCAAGAGACAAUAAACGAGUUCAGCUUCAUCGAUACGAUGAGCAUCCUUAAGUCACUAUGA